AUGGCACGGGAAUCCCGACUGCAAUCCCGAUCCAGAGCACGGGAAUCCCGACCCCGGGGGGGGGGGGGCAAUGUCCCAUCCCAGCGGCAUGGGAAUCCUGACCCCGAGUGUGGGAAUCCCGACCCCGAGCACGGGAAUCCUGACCCCAAAUGUGGGAAUCCUGAGUCUAAGCAUGGGAAUCUUGACCCUGAGCAUGGGAGUCCCGACCCUGAGCACAGGGAUCCUGACCCUGAGCACAGGAAUCCUGACCCCGAGCAUGGGAAUCCCGACCCCAAGUGUGGGAAUCCUGACCCCAAAUGUGGGAAUCCUGAGUCUAAGCAUGGGAAUCCUGACCCUGAGCAUGGGAGUCCCGACCCUGAGCACAGGGAUCCUGACCCUGAGCACAGGAAUCCUGACCCCGAGCAUGGGAAUCCCGACCCCAAGUGUGGGAAUCCUGACCCCAAAUGUGGGAAUCCUGAGUCUAAGCAUGGGAAUCUUGACCCUGAGCAUGGGAGUCCCGACCCUGAGCACAGGGAUCCUGACCCUGAGCACAGGAAUCCUGACCCCGAGUGUGGGAAUCCCAACCCCGAGCGCGGGAAUCCUGACCCCAAAUGUGGGAAUCCUGAGUCUAAGCAUGGGAAUCUUGACCCUGAGCAUGGGAGUCCCGACCCCGAGCACAGGGAUCCUGACCCUGAGCACAGGAAUCCUGAUCCCGAGCAUGGGAAUCCCGACCCCGAGCGCGGGAAUCCUGACCCCAAAUGUGGGAAUCCUGAGUCUAAGCAUGGGAAUCCUGACCCUGAGCAUGGGAGUCCCGACCCUGAGCACAGGGAUCCUGACCCUGAGCACAGGAAUCCUGACCCCGAGCAUGGGAAUCCCGACCCCAGGAGGUGCCAGCGCCCCGGCCCCGCGCGGGGACGGCCGGAGCGUCGCGGCGACGGUGACCUGCGUGCGGCGGACCGGGAGCCUGGGACGGGGGCGACGGCAGGGCCCCGCGUCCCGGGCACGGAGCGAUGCCGGGGAUGGAGGCGAUGCCGGGGACGGGGAUGA